AGGACUUCCCUUCAGAGAAGCUGUCCUGCUUCUUCCGCUCCAGCAGCAGGUCAGACUACAGUGCCUACGAUCCACAGGCCACUCUGGAUAAGAAUGCAACCAACUGACGUGCCUUCAGAUCCCUCUGAGCUGCACCGAGAAUGAAACUCUCCAUUUACAAGCUUAGCGGCUCCGAAGAGGCUGGAGCUUCGCAGUAAUUCAAUACUCCCCUCCAAAGGGGUUUUCCUUCUGCUGUUGCACAACGAAAGAAGCCGGGACCCUGGAAAGCCAGACGCCGCUCUCCCUGCCACUCCGAGGGCCCGGCGGGCUCCUUCCCAAGGCUGUGGGAGGGGACGUGGAGCACUUCUGGCAUGCGCUGACAGAUUGGUGAGUGCAGGAGAAACGGACGCGCCACCCAGCCCAGGGCUGCCGGGAACCAAGGGCAAAGCCGAGCGUGCUCCGGAGCGACUCCGAAAUGGGUUUUCUGUUUGCCUUCUUCAUGCUGCUGGUAGCCAUGGUCUUCGCGGCGGUGAUACUCCUGGUUGUGGGAAGCGUUUACUUUGACGCCACCAAUUCUGAGAUCCCUCCCGGAGUGGAACACGCUGCAAAGCUCCGAAUCAUUCAUGCUUCCUUGAUUGGCGUGGCUGUCCUGGGAAAGAUUUUGGAGAAUCUGUAUAUCUGCCCACAACUGAAAUUCAUGAGGCUUCUGAGCAAUGGACGGAAACCAGGAAAAGACCCCACGCUUUUCAUCAGGGAUGUGAAGUUGGCGCAUGUUUCUGCUCGCAUCUACCAGCCCAAAACUCCCUCUGCUGGGCGAAGGAAGGGCAUCGUGUAUUUUCAUGGUGGUGGCUGGGUAAUCGGGAGUAUCCAAACACACGAAAAAAACUGCUGCUACCUUGCUAGAGAGAGCGAAUCGGUGGUCGUGUCUGUGGACUACCGUCUUGCUCCUGAGCACAUCUUCCCAGCCCCACUCAACGACUGCCUCGCUGCCACCACCCACUUUCUGGAGACUGCAGAAGACUACGGUGUGGACAGGGCCCGCGUCAUCGUGGCUGGGGACAGUGCCGGUGGCAACCUGGCCGCCAUGGUUGCUCACACCUUAGCGAGCAGGCCAGAUCUCCCAAAGCUUCGUGCUCAGGUCCUCAUCUACCCUGUCCUCCAGGCUGUAGAUUUCAACUUGCCUUCCUAUCAGCAGAACCGAGCUGUGCCCCUCUUGUACCGGGAACAGGCGGCUUUUUACGUAUUGCAGUACCUGAAAGGAAACGCUGCACUCCUCGAGGAGGUCCUGGAAAGCUCUCACGUCCCCGUGGAGCUGAGGUUGCACUACAGAAAGUGGCUGAGUGCAGACCACAUCCCUGAGGAGUUCAAGGCCAGAGGCUUCAAGCCCCCCGUGGUGGCUGCCUGUGGCGAUGAGGUCCAUGAGGCCCUGAAGAACCUGAGCUGCUCAGAGAGCUUUCCCCUUCUGGCUGAAGAUGCCGUCCUUCGCCUGCUCCCUGAGACGUUCCUGCUGACAUGCGAGUACGACGUCCUCAGGGAUGACGGACUGCUGUAUAAGAAAAGACUGGAGGAGAACGGCCGGGCGGUGACGUGGUUCCACAUCGCUAAUGGAUUCCAUGGGGUCAUCAGCUUCUUCGAUAGCGGCUGGUUCAGUUUUCCGUCUGGGAAAAAGGGGAUGACUGAGAUUGUCAAUUUCAUAAAACGUUUAUGAAAACACCCAGCAAAGUCGUCUCAGUGCAACUUAACACCUGAGAUAUUAAAACAGGGAAUGGAACAAAUACAUAUUUGAAUGUUGAAUUUCAGGGAUGAAAUUUUGGUUCAUGGCUGAUGGCUUCUCUGUUGUUGUGGACGGUCUCAUAGGAUAGAAGACCAAAGAAUACGCUUGACAGAUCCAUCCCAAGUAGAAAAUCUUGGAUUCUUCAAGAGAUGCACAAUAAUAACUGUGUUGAUGAGGUCAAUGCCUUUAUUUCCUUGCCACCCAAUAACUGAAGCUCUCUGGACGGUUCACAACGGCCAGGGAUGUUCAGGCAUGGUAUGUUCCCAGUUGGAGAAUAGAGCCCAAAUAUUCUACUAAAGUACUGAUUGGAAACUGGCUGGAAGAAAGAAAAAAGUUUAUAAAAGA